ACCGCGCGCGCCAGCGUCAGACACAAAACGGGGGAGGUUGCUCAUAUCUUGGGUGCUAAAACGUCUUCCUUUUAUCUGACGUACGUCUGCUUUCAUUUCCGCUCACUGUAAAUAUCACUUCGUCGUCUGAAUGGCUGAGUCUCCACAGAUAUUUUUAUUAUUCUCUUGUGUGCCGUUCUUUUUUCUUUUGUUUCUUUUUUUGUCUCCGCUUGUCUCGAAGCUAAAUGACAGUUAGCCUAGCAGCGUCUCUACUCCCUGUAACGUUAGAUGGACUAAAAAAAAAAAGUGGCCUAAAAAUCAAAUAAAUGAAAACCCCUUUCAGGACCAGCUCUUAGAUGUCUCUCAACAGUUACAAACCAGCAAAGGUCAAGAGGACGCAGCAAAGGUGUUUACGAAGGGAAAGAAAAUAAGUCCUGGUGCUGAGAAAGAGAGUGAAAAGGAAAACGGAGGAGGACCGCAGCAGCAGCUGGUCGGCAGCUAAAGUGAAAGAAAAACAGCAACAUCCCUGUGAUGGCAAACGAGCCGGUUAUUCUCAACGUGUAUGAUAUGAAUGACUUUUUACCAGAACGGGGCACACAAGAGGAGCGUGAUGGUGAAUGAAACAUUUGUUGGAGCAUCAGAUGACUCAUUGCCUCAGAGAAGCAUUCAACGACAGACUCCACAGCAUCCUCGAAAAGGCCGGAGGGAGUGAUCGGUGCAUUGAGUACUGGAUCAAUGAGUUCACUACCUCUCUGGGAAUUGGAGUCUUUCACUCAGGAAUUGAGAUCUAUGGCAGAGAGUUUGCCUAUGGAGGACAUCCUUAUCCUUUUUCAGGUAUUUUUGAGAUAACACCCGGUGACGCCACUGAACUGGGAGAGACAUUCAAAUUCAAAGAGGCCAUUGUUUUAGGUAGCACAGACUUCACGGAAGAGGAUGUGGAGAGAAUUGUGGAGGAAAUGGGGAAGGAAUAUAAGGGGAACGCCUAUCACCUCAUGCACAAGAACUGCAAUCACUUUUCCUCAGCACUAUCAGAGAUCCUCUGUGGUCGAGAGAUCCCACGCUGGGUGAACCGGCUGGCCUACUUCAGCUCUUGUGUGCCCUUCCUUCAGAGCUGCCUGCCAAAGGAGUGGUUGACGCCGGCCGCACUGCAGUCCAGUGUUAGUCAGGAGCUCCAGGGAGAGCUGGAGGAGGCCGAAGAUGCUGCAGCCUCUGCCUCAAUGCCUUCCUGCGCGGUGGCACCCGCUCCCAGACCAACCUGACACCAACCACGCCGAUGAACCCUGCUGCCUUGAGUGACAGGCCUCUGGUCUGAGCCGUUUCACAGCUUCUUCUGCCAAUAGACCCCUCACCCCUUCUCCUCAGAGACUAGCAAUUCACCAGCGGACUAGAUGAAACCCACCUUCUGUGUUCACUGAUUUAUUUCAGUACGCUCAAGUGACCAUUACGGGCCUGGAAACUAUUAAUCUUGUUAAUGGUAAAAACUUAAUUGGGUUCGUCAGUGUUUUAAAUUGUUUUUUUGCCUUUUAUGUUUUGUUUUAAAAACUCAGGACUCGAAUACAAUGGCUAUGUUUAUUGAUUUGUAUUUUUUUUUAAUGCUUUUCUUACGCUGGAGUUGCUCACUAGCCUUUUCCCCCUUUUUCCUACAGAAAGCACCUAGUCAGUGAAUAUGAGACAUUUUUUUAUGGAGAACAUUUGUUUACAGAUUUCUUGCGUUCCAAUCCGUGUAUGAUUGUGUUUUUGUGUGCGGGUUACGAAAGCCAAAUCUCCACACUUUUGUACUGACACACAUCCCACACUUUGGUGACUGUGCCUGAAGAUUUUUACCAUUACGUGCUCCGAGAGCUCUGCACUCUUCCUCUGCAGAUCUCGACCUGUUCAGUCUGCUUUGAGUGGCAGACUUCUUAUCCUAUGAGACCUCCCUCAGAUCUUUUACACCUUUUUAGUUUUUAGAGUCUUAUAUGUACUUGAGACAUUUGUAUUACAUUUUAUGGUUAUUAAAGAAAAUAUAAGUCUCUGUUCUCAAAGUUAUCAGUUAAUUCUGACUCAACUCAAUGGAAACAUACAAGAGUGUUUAAUGUAAACGCAUAAUUCAUUUUGAAAUGUGAAUUUGUCAUUAUUUGCUCAUUCUCUUAUUGCUUUGAAUCCUUAUGCUUCUCUUUGUUUUAUCAAACAGAAAUGGAGAUAUUUAGAGAUGUCCCAUCUGUGCUUCUUCAUACAAUGAAAGUGAAAUGCAAUGGAAGUAGUCCAUACAACUUGCCAUUGUGUGGAAAAGAGCAGCUUGGCUGUUCUACUGAACAUCUCCGUUUGCAGGAACAAUGCAAAUCGUGGAUUUCAAAAGAGUGAAAGAUGUCAAAAAUGUAUUUCUGGUUGAACUACGCUUUUAAAUCUCUAAACAGUUUGUUAAAUGUUAAAGUCCACUACAUUACUGUAAAUAAUAUUUAACACAUUACAGCUAAAGGGUAUAGAACACAUCUUUAUCAUAUAACAUAUAUUUCAUUUCCCACUUUGUGUUAAGUCAAAUAGUUUUGAAAUGAGCAAACCCUGUUGGUAUGUGGUACUAACAUCAGUUUUAUAAUGUAUUAUAAUGUAUGGUUAAUUUAAACUCAGUUUUAGCUGUUUGCUUUGUGUCCUCAUACAGAGUUUUAAUGGCAGAAGUCUGAUCAUGGUCUUUGUGGCACAGACUAAAGUUAGAUGAAAAUAUGAAAAUGCUCACCCUCAUGUCUUUUAAAAUCCACAUGAUUCCUAAUGUUCUGUGGAACAUAAAAGGAGAUGUUUAGUAAAAAGCCAAGCUGCUCUUUUCCACACAAUGAAAGUGAAUACUGACCAUGGCUGUUAAUGUAGAUUUCUAGUCAAGAUUUUCAAUUAUUUAUUGACUUGAACUUCAGUCUGUUCCUCACUCAAAGAUAUCAUACUGCUUUAGGCAACUUAGAAAAUUACUGGUCAAGUGUGUGUACUACUUCCAUGGCACUUGCUAUUUUUGAUAAGUUCUGUAAAAAUAGUCUUCUUUUUUUUAUCUUGUCUUUUUUUGAGGGACAUUAGUGACCAAAGCUGUUUACUUCAGUUGUAUGGACAUAAAAAAACAAAGACAUGUCUGAAAUAUCUUUUUUGUUCCACAGAAAAAGAAGAUUCUACAUGUUUGAUGAGGGGUGAGUAAAUAAAUGAUGACGGAAUUUUGAA